ACGCCCGUAUAGCAAUUUUAGAAUAUGAUUUCCUCUUGUGUAAAGAUUUAGACAAAGGAUUUUAAAAGUAAUUUCUGCAUCAUAAAGCAUAGUCUACUCUUCGUCUUCUCGUUAAGAUGGGACUCGCUGCAUGGUUGCAAUAAGGACCCAUAUUUAACAUCCCAUAAACAGACUGGCAAAGUGAACGUUGUUUCAGUGGGUCUGUGGUUUCGUGUUCUGUCAAGAUAAUGAGGGACCUGUCGAGUACAAGGUGGAGUUCUGAAAUGCAGCACAGCCUACUGACCCUUUGCUUUCAGAAAAUAGUAAUUUUGUUUUAAACGGUACAAUCAAUCGAAAUUCAAUUGUCAGCAUCUAGAUUUUAACAAAGGAAACAUUACCACAGUCAGUUUAUAACUUUGGACUAAAAUAAGUUCAGUUAACUGUUCAGUUAACUGUGAGAGGUUAACUGUUCUUAUACUAUUCCAGCAAGUAGUGAAAAACCAGCCGUUCAGAAUUUCUCCACAACAGAAAGGAAAAAGGGACCUGUUAUAUCAAGUUACCAUACUUAUCAUAAUUAACAUUCCAUUGAAGGAUUAGCAGCAUGUGUGUGUGGAAAGGUAGGGGGGUGUAAAAAUGUGCUGCGUUCUGUCAAGGAAACUGGGUCCUAAUUAUGUCGUAAAAUUCGACUGAACAAUCUGCGUGUGUGUGCGCGCGCGCGCGCGCGAGCAAGCAAGCUUAACUAUAAAAGGCCCAUUCGACCGCACAGGUGUCCCAACAGAAUACGCAUCUUGAUUGUGUUGCUAUCCAGUCAUUUUCAGGGUUUAGAUCGCACCCGAUGACCAAAUGAUGCACUUAAGCACUGCCGCAGUGUUGCUGGUCCUUGCGUGCAUCUCCGACCAGAUACUUGAGGCAGAAUGCCAAAGAGAAAAGGGGAGAGGAGGCAAAAGAGAAUCGCAGCAAAGGUUAUCGGUUCCGCCAUCUGACAGAAACGAUAACGGUCCCAAAUCUGCCGGUGGGAAAGGAAUAUUCAAGGGCAGGUUCUCUGCCAAAGAUAAAGCUCAGUGCACCUGGGUGGCGACCGGUGACGAAGAGUUCGUGCUUGGUGUCACCUGCAAGAAAGGAGCGAAAAGUUUCGACUGUGCGUAUGUCGCCAAACCAACCACUUGUCCACAGUACGCAUCCAAUGCCAAACUUUACUGGAAGCAAAUUGCUCGUUCACUUAAGAAACAGAGGAAGUUGUGCUAUGACGGAACGUCACUUAUCAAAGCGGGUAUGUGCAGAAAAGCUCCGGAGGACGCACAUUUUAAACUCAGCCAAACGCCCAAAGAGACGGCUAAACCGAAAAGCGCUUCAUCAAAGGAUAAUGAACUGUGUCAAGACCAAAUUGAUAAAAAAACAUUUGCCGAAGAGUAUUGCAGUCAUUCAUGGACUUCUCUAUGUGCCUUCCUUUUCACUAUGAUUCAAAGCGAGGAUUGUUAAACUGUUUAAUUUGAGACAAUCUACUGCUGAACUGUCUCUAACACAGCAACAGGUUCCCGCACUUUAAGGGAUUACAAGAUAGCAUUUUAAGAUUCAGAAGAAAAAAAACCUGAUAGCGUCUGAACAUGUAGUGUACAUAUGAAAAUAAAUGUAGCUUUAUUUUGUCACAUACUUUAUUCUUGUUUGUCUUGGGCUUGUAUUUUGAAAAUGUUGUAAAAUAAAGUUUUGCCAUAUAUGAAUGACACAACCUC